AUGAAUUUGACUGGGCUUCCCUGCUUGAACCCCCAGUUCCUCUGCGCUAUAAUCAACUAUGAAUGGGGUGGCGAUACAUCUGAGGGUGGUUCUAUCAAAAAGUGUUUCACUGAAGAAAUGGUCUCGGUUCUGUCUAUGGCUAUGGACAACGCUGAGGGCGACUUGGUCAUUCUUCCGGUGAGCGAACUAUGUGUACGGGACAAGAAGUUGUGGCUGACCUCUAAGGAGAAGGUGGAGGAGCUCACCUACAAGAAGCUCAAGCCUUACAUUGACUGGUCCUGGAAUAAUGGCGCCCAAUUUGGCUACAUCUGA